GAGCAAGGGAUGCGUCCACUUUCUGAGCGUUACAAUGCAACAACGUAUUCAACAACAAUGGGAAGAAACUUCUUCACAAGUGGAACCUCAAGCAGCAACCUAUUCUCCUCAAGAGGGUACUCAGUCAAUGCAAAGCCAAAAUCGAAAACCGAGUCCAAGGAGGUGGCUGCAAAGAAACAUAGCGACGCAGAGAGAAGAAGAAGGCUUCGGAUUAACUGCCAGUUUGAAGCUCUCCGCACAAUUCUUCCAAACUUAAUCAAACAGGAUAAAGCAUCUGUGCUAGGAGAGACUGUCAGGUACUUCAAGGAACUAAAGAAGCUGGUUAAUGAGAUACCAACCACGCCAUCUUUAGAAGACAGUUUGAGAUUGGGUCAAUGUAAGAACAGAGACUUUGCGAGAGUCGUGUUCAGCUGUAGCGACAGAGAAGGGCUGAUGUCUGAGGUGGCAGAGUCGAUGAAAGCAGCGGAUGCAAAGGCGGUGAGAGCUGAGAUGAUGACAGUAGGCGGAAGAACCAAGUGUGUCUUGUUUGUUCAAGGUGUGAAUGGGAAUGAAGGUUUGGUUAAGCUCAAGAAGGCAUUGAAACCUGUGGUGAAUCGUAAACCAGAGGCGACAAACAACAACAAUGGAGUAUCGUUAAUGUUGCCUCAGCAGCAAUGAGUACAUAUCUCUGUUUCUACUAGUGCCAUUAGAGAAGGUAGAUAAAUUAGAUGUAAAGGUAUAUAAAAGCCCGUGUGUUAUUGAAUUUGGGUGGAUACAUACUUAACACAGUCUAUUAUAUUGUUGCAGCUCUUUCUUUGUGAGUGAUUGCUACAUUAUUAAAAAGAGGUUAAAAAAGUAAUCUUCCUUUCCUAACUCCACCACAUUCAUUUUCUAAAAACUCUUCUAUAUGUAUCAAAAGAUGUUCUUCAACACUGUGAACCAAAAAAAAAGACAAGGACGAACCAUUGUUUUUCCUAAAAGCAGUUCAGUGGGAAGGGAAACAUGUUUUUUUUUUCCUUUUUCAUUCUACACAAGCAAGCAAGCAAACAAAAAAAAACGAACUACUCAAUCACUAUCAGAGCCAAGAACUUGCUUUUUGAUUUCACUAAUCUUUGUCUUGAGUUCUUCUCUGUUACUCU